CAUCAUAGCUGUUGGUUUUUUCAUGGGAUUUUUUUUUCUGUUAUUUUAUCCAGAUCACAAAUGACUGUCAUUUAUAUAUAAUUUACAAUAUACUGUGAUAUAAGUUGUUAUAAAUUCAUACUAAUGAUUCACUUAUGAAAGAGUAAAAGUCAAUGGUUGGAAACUUUGUAGAAAAUUGAAGUACAUUAUGUUUGACUUUUGCGUAUUUGUAGCAUAUGAUUAUUAUGUGCUCAAUGAAAACGCUUGGAGUACCAAAUUUUGAGGAUAAAUAAUACAAGAAUAUAUGUUUGGUUUAAUCAUACUUAAUACAUUCGAAUAAUUUUAAAAGUCGACUGUUUAUGACAUUUAGCCAACUAAACACAUAAUUUUACUACUUGUGUAGCAUAGUCUAGUUUUCUUUUAUAAUUGCUAAGUCAACUAGAGUGCAAUUACGCAACUGCUGGGAAGCAAGAUUUUUCAAAAUUUAUUUAUGGAGUAAUGCCAGACUUUUGUGUGUGUGUGUGUGUGUGUACCUUGCAGGAAAGCAGUAAAAUUGAGAAGUUUACAUUUGCAAAAUCUAGAGCAGUGGAACGGUGUUAUAUAGGGAAACAUUACGGAGGAUGGUGUAAUUGAGAUCAAACAAUGCGUGUAUUAAGUAAUUAUCGACGUGACGACAUGGGGUUCCUACAUCAGCUGGGCUUGCUACUGUGGAAGAACUUUACCCUGAAGAAAAGAAACCCAUUUGUGUUACUGUUUGAGCUGUUCAUACCACUGGUGCUGUUUGUGAUUCUUCUGUCAAUCAGAAAGAGGGAGUUACCAUCUCCUCAAAGAACACAUUACUGGGGCAUGCAAGCUUUGCCGUCAUCAGGAGCUAUACCCAUAAUGCAAUCUUUCUGUGAGGAGAAUAACCAGAAACAUAAUGCUUCAGAUCCACAUUCUAAGAUUAAUCGUGCCACAGAGUUUCUGCAGAAGUUACAGACAUUGGGGACACAACAUAAUUUCUUCUACCCGGGCUACACACCGAGGGAGAUGGAACAGUUACCAUACAUUUAUAAACAAAUUCUAGAAGAACCAACUUCUCUACAACAGUCAUUUCAAAAAGCCACUGAUUUUAAGCUGGUUAAAUUGUUUACAUCAACAACAAGAUUAAGAAGUUAUCUCACAAACAAUCUAUCCAUGCCUAGCAGUGAUGUUGAUGCUAUUCUAAAUUCCACUGUCAAUGUUAAAGAGGUAUAUAAAUUAGUGUUUGGCUCCUAUCCUGACAGUGUAGAUUACAGUAGGGUACGACGUAGUGUAGACAACUCACCAGCUUUACAGAAUCUAAGAACCAUCAUGACAUCAGCAAAAUCCAAGAAAACUUCACUUUUAGAGCAUUCUGUUCUUGUAUCACAAUUCAUGUCAGAAAUGAUACCAGAUUUCAAAAAUGGAAUCUUACAUAGGCUCAUGAACCAAAGUGCUCUGUGGAAUGAUUCCACUUUUACAGGAUUUCUGUUUCAUUUUCUUGGUAUUGAGGCAGGAGAAUUUCCGUUGCCCAAAACCUUGAGCCCUGAGGAAGUUGCAGAGCUUCUGAAGCUGAUAUUGCUGUCCCCGGAAGCUCUACAUGAAGGUGCCUGUGACAGAGAGGAGCUACAGAAACUGUUGAUUCCUCAACCUCCAUAUAAUGUCUCAUCACUGCUGGAUGCUCAGGCAAUCUUGUGUAAUAUGACCGAUAAGAACUUCAAUGACCUGUCACAAAUAUUGAAUGGAGAAAUUCAAGACAGUAAAAUUGUACAAGUGCUUGGUUUGAUGCCUCUCAACUUUUCCAGAAUUUAUAAUCAAGUUGAAGAAUUUAAGAUAAAUGUGGAGAAGUUUUACAGGUUUCAGACAUACUUGUUAGAUUUAAGUAUUCUAGUUGAGGUAUUACCACAGGAUGGUUGUGAUCUUAUGUAUGAGGAUAACAGCACAACAAGCUCUCCAUUAAUUCCUGUUACUGAAUCUGUCAAGACAACAACAACGAAGCCUGAUCCUGAUUCAAAACGAAAGAAACCAAACAAGUUUGCUGGAUUUCUGAAAUUCUGGGAUGGAAUGCAGAAGACAAUAUGUGGCCAUGACACUCCAGACAGGAACAAAGGAAAAGGAAGUGAUACUGAUGCUACAACUUCCAAGCCUAUAAAUGACACUGAUUCAAGUAAUUCUGAUAACCAGUCUAACUCUACAGCUUCUGAUGAUCCAGAAGUAAUUGUACAUUCUAGAAAGAAAAGAUCAACUGAUGAUGAGUUUGAGGAUUUUGAUGUUGGUGCUCUCGGACUGAACUAUUACCAGAGAAAGAAGUUGAAGAUUUUGAUACAUGUAUUGUAUAGUAAUCCUAAAGUUUUAUAUGCCCCAAAUAACACCGCUGUUAACAGUAUUAUCAAAAAGGCAAAUGAUACGUUCAAGUUGAUAAGUGCAGUGAGUGAUUAUGCGAAGGAAUGGUUAGCAAUCUCAUCUGAUCUACGAUUAUAUCUAAGUGCUGACUCUACAAGACAAAACAUUAAGGCUAUACAACAGAUUCAGAAAGAUUUACGAGAGAACAAGAGUAUUUUAUCAUUUCUCCUUCAUGGUGACCCUCGUCAGGAGCAGUUUCUGAACUUGACAAUACCUGACGCUGAUUUUUUCCUAAAAGAGAUAGAUUCUAUAGACAAUGCAGCAUGUACAUGGCUAACACUUAUGUCUGGUAUUAACCUGAAUGUGUUUAAAGGGUUUGCCAGUGAAUGGGAAUUGGUCGACUUUUUCUUGACUCAACAGUAUCACCAGAAUGUCAGUGCUUUAGCUGGUGUUGUAUUUGAGAAUGUUCAUUGCAAAUUACAGGAUGUUAUAGAAAGAGCAAUUAUAAAUGUACAAGUUGGCAGAGAUGUUAUAGAACCUGGCUCCUAUUUUGUAAGAUUUCCCUAUCCAUGCUGGCUAUAUGACAAGUUUGUAUUUAUGAUAGAACAUGUGAUGCCCCUAUGUUUGACUAUAUCCUGGGUAUAUUCUGUUGCCAUGUUGGUACAAAGUAUUGUCUACGAGAAAGAACAAAGACUUAAAGAGGUGAUGAAGAUGAUGGGUUUAAGUAAUGCAGUACAUUGGCUGGCCUGGUUCCUCACGACAUUUGUACAAUUUACAGUCACCAUUAUUGUCCUCACUGUGAUGCUCAAAUAUGGCCGUGUCCUAACAUACAGUAACCCUCUUGUUGUCUUCACUACAUUAGAACUGUUUGCCAUAGCAACCAUAUCGUUCUGUUUCCUGAUAAGUACACUAUAUUCAAAGGCGAAGGUUGCAGCAGCUUGUGCUGGAAUCAUCUACUUUUUGACAUAUGUUCCAUACAUGUAUGUUGCUAUCAAAGAGGAUGUAGCUGGGGAUAGUAUCUCCUCUAUAGUGAAAACACUUGUUUCCUUAUUCUCAACGACAGCUUUUGGUCUAGGAGGGAAAUAUUUUGCAUUCUAUGAGGAGACAGGUGUUGGUGUACAGUGGAAUAACAUUUAUAUUUCACCUGUAGAGGGGGACCAGUAUAAUCUUCUCAUGGUUCAACUAAUGAUGAUAUUUGAUACCUUCCUAUAUGCCAUACUUGCUUGGUAUAUAGAAAAUGUCUUUCCUGGAUCAUAUGGAUUACCAAAGCCAUGGUAUUUCCCGUUCACAAAGUCAUACUGGUGCGGUGGUCAUAUGAAGGUUGUAGAUACCGAGUAUUGUAGUUUAUCUGGGCUGUGUCACAGACGUCAAGGGUUCUCUGUGAUGGAGGAGGAUCAAGCUGGGGCAAUGGGUAGAGAUCCUGAUGAAGCUUCCAAGUUCGAGGGGGAGCCAAGUCACCUGACCCAGGGAGUCUGUAUUGAUCAUUUGACCAAGAUGUAUAAAACUGGUAAAAAAUUAGCAGUCAAGAAUCUCAGUCUGAACUUGUAUGAAGGGCAGAUAACUUCUUUCCUUGGACAUAAUGGUGCUGGCAAAACUACUACCAUGUCAAUUUUGACUGGAUUUUUCCCGCCUACUUCUGGCUCAGCUUCCAUAUAUGGUAAUGAUAUUCGGACCGACAUGGAGGUGAUUAGACAAGGCCUGGGCAUGUGUCCCCAGCAUAAUGUUCUGUUUGACAAGCUGACUGUAGAGGAACAUCUUUGGUUCUAUGCUAGACUUAAAGGCAUGAAGACUGCAGAUAUUAACUCAGAAAUGGAUAUGAUGAUAGAUGAUCUUGGAUUACCUAAGAAACGUAAAAGUCAGAUAGACUGCCUCUCUGGAGGUAUGCAGCGUAAACUAUCUGUUGCCAUAGCAUUUGUUGGUGGGUCUCGCACUGUCAUCCUCGAUGAACCAACUGCUGGGGUUGACCCUUAUGCUCGCAGGGCAAUCUGGGACUUAUUGAUCAAGUAUAAGAGUGGACGUACAAUUCUCUUGUCAACACAUCACAUGGACGAGGCUGACCUGUUAGGUGACAGAAUAGCAAUUAUAUCAAACGGGGAGCUGAAAUGUUGUGGAAGCUCCUUGUUCCUGAAGAAUACAUUCUGUGAGGGUUACCAUCUUAAACUGGUCAAACAAGAGAAAGAAGAAGAUAUACGUUCUACAGAUACCUUUGACAGUAUUGAGGCUACCCAGAAUGCAUUUGUCUCCAAAUGUGAUCCCUCUGCUGUGACAGGAUAUAUACAGAAAUUUGUGUCGUCUGCUUACCUAAAAACAGAAACUAGACGAGAACUACAUUAUAUAUUGCCUUAUCAGGAGGCACAGAAAGGCAACUUUGAAAAACUUUUCCAGGCCCUUGAAUCUGGUGAUCAGAACUUAUACAUCAGUAGUUAUGGUGUGGCAGACAGUACAUUGGAAGAAGUCUUUUUAGAAGUCACUGAAAAUGCUAUCAUUGCAGAUGAAGAGAAACUUGAACCAAAACCCUUGGAAACCCUAAAUCCUACAUCAGACACUGAAACCAGGGCUGCUUCUCCACCAUUGGAGGAUUUACUUAAUGAAGCUACUGGUGGCCAAUCAGAGUCAGAGAUGAAACCAGCCAAUCAGAAUGUAGGAAAUGAACUGGAGCUAGGUCACAUGACAGAUUCACCAACCAAUCAUAGUGAACAUGGACAUGUAUCUGAAAAUUUGACCAAUCACAGAAUAGAAAGUCAAGUCAACGUUGAUACAGAUAUUGAGAUAGAUGCCAGAAAUAUGGAAUUGUUGUCAGGAAAGGGUUCACGUGUUCUGUCAAAAAACCUACUUCUUCUCAACCAUUUUCGAGCUGUGUUAUUUAAACGUUUUCAUUACAUCACAAGAAACUGGAAGGGAUUAUUCUCACAGAUUAUCUUGCCAGCACUAUUUGUAUCUAUUGCGAUGACAGUGGCCCUGUCGGCCCCUAAAGAUGAAGAUCUUCCCCCACUAGAGAUGAGUCCCUCACAGUAUUAUAAUGUUACACAACCAAAAGGAAAUUACAUCCCGUAUUCAAAUGAGCAUGACAGUGAUCGAGCAUUGAAUUAUCUCUAUGAUGCUGGUCCCGUAGAUCUUAUCAAUACAUUCAAGCUGCCGUCAGGUGUUGGAGCAACUUGUGUCUUAAAAUCACCUUUUAAUAGUUCUAUAGACUUAGAUGUGUUUAGAAACCUGAACCUGUCAGACCACACCCUUCGUUUAUUGUCUCGGUAUUAUGAGAGAGGUUGUGAGAGGGUGUUUGUUCCAGGAAUACAGCUCGAGAAUUACGUGCCACAGGCGGCUGUUAUAUCAGAUAAAGGAAAACUUCUUGAAAUACCAGAUUUCGUUAAACCAACAAAGAGUAUACCAUCGGAGAGAUAUGAACCAGAGUGUGUAUGUAAGACAGACAAGUCUGGUUUCGAGUGUUCUACAGCAGAGAAAAGUCCCCCGGAGUUCCGCGUCGUUACACGAGAUAUCAUGCAGGAUAUAUCUGUAAAGGAACUGAAAAUAGGUACUAGAAACAGAGCCAAAUAUUAUCUCUACACCACAGAUGAAUACAGACUUCACAGGUAUGGAGCAUUUAGUUUUGGUACAGAAAGGAAUUAUAUACCGGAGGAUUUUGGAAAGGGAAGUCCUACAGUGUUCAGACAUGUGGCUGUCAGAGGAUCCGCUUUGACAUGGUUUAACAACAAAGGCUAUCAUUCAAUGCCUGUAUUCCUGAAUACAUUAAACAAUGCUAUACUGAGAGCAAAUCUUCCCAAGAGGAAAGGUCAUCCUUCAGCUUAUGGUAUAACAUUAACAAACCAUCCUAUGAACCAGACAAAUAAUAUCCUCAACAUGGACUUUAUAUUACAAGGGGCUGAUGUUCUGAUAGCAAUAUUUAUCAUAGUCGCCAUGUCAUUUGUACCAGCAAGUUUUGUUGUGUUCCUCGUGUAUGAGAAAUCAAGUAAAGCCAAACAUCUACAGUUUGUUAGUGGUCUUAACCCAGUAAUUUACUGGCUAGGAAACUAUGUUUGGGAUAUGUGUAACUAUGUGAUACCAGCAAUAUGCAUCAUUGUGAUCCUGCUAGCCUUCCAGAUACCAGCUUAUGUGUCUUCCACUAAUUUUCCAUCUGUUAUUGCACUCUUCUUCCUAUAUGGCUGGUCAAUGACCCCAGUGAUGUAUCCAGCUUCAUUCUUCUUCAAGGAGCCGAGUACUGCCUAUAUUUUCCUGAUCGUGAUAAAUCUGUUCACUGGUAUCACGUGCAUCGUGUCAAGUUUUCUCCUUGAGAUCUUCUCUUAUGAUGAGGCAUUAGAUAAAGUACAGAAGGUCAUGAAAGAUGUUUUCUUAGUCUUCCCGAACUAUUGUCUUGGUCGUGGUCUGAUGGACAUUGCUUUUAACCAAUAUAAAAAUGAAUUCUACUUUAAAACUGGUCAGUAUGAUAUGAUGGAGUCACCACUACGCUGGGAUCUUAUCACCAAAAAACUGAUCAUUAUGUCCAUCAUGGGUCUCGUGUUCUUUGUUAUAACAUUGCUGUGUGAAUACAGAUUCUUUAUUAAAGCCAGACAACAUAACAAGUUUGCCAAUAGCAGUGUUGGUGAUGAGGAUGUGGAUGUUGCUGCAGAGAGAAAGAGGGUCCUUAGAGGGGCAGGAAAAAAUGAUCUACUGAGGCUGGAAAAUCUUACAAAGGUCUACAAAACCAGAAAAUUAGGCCAUCAACUUGCUGUUGACAAGUUAUGUAUAGGUGUACCAGAAGGAGAGUGUUUUGGUUUGCUUGGUGUGAACGGAGCUGGAAAGACUACAACGUUUAAAAUGUUGACUGGAGACUUAAGACCAACGGCUGGUGAUGCUCAUCUUAACAGAUAUAGUAUAUCAAAGGACAUGUUGAAGGUACAGCAGAAUAUAGGAUAUUGCCCUCAAUUUGAUGCCCUGUUUGAUGAGUUAACAGCUAGAGAACAUAUACAAUUAUACAGUAGGUUGAGAGGGGUACCACCAUCAGAGGAGGCUCAGAUUGUAGAAUGGGCAUUGAAGAAGUUAUGUUUAUCCCAAUACCAGAAUAAACCAGCUGGUACAUAUAGUGGGGGAAAUAAAAGAAAACUAUCCACUGCUAUAGCUCUUAUAGGACACCCACCACUAAUAUUUAUGGAUGAACCAACCACAGGCAUGGACCCACAUUCAAGACGGUUUCUAUGGGACCUAAUUCUAGGUCUGAUCAAAGAUGGCCGCUCUGUUAUUCUCACUUCUCAUAGUAUGGAAGAAUGUGAAGCAUUAUGUACAAGGUUGGCUAUCAUGGUAAAUGGAAAAUUCAAGUGCCUCGGCAGUACGCAACAUCUGAAAAACAAAUACGGUGAUGGAUAUACUCUAAGUUUACGUCUCAAAGGUCCCGAUUUUGAGCGAUCUCAACGGCAGGCCCAAAGAUUUGUUCAGCACAACUUUCCAAAAGCUGUGAUUAAAGAGUGCCAUUAUAACUUGUUACAGUUUGAGAUGAAAUCUGAAGAUCUCACAUUAUCUUAUAUAUUCUCUAAACUUGAAGAGGCUCAAAAAGAUCUAAAUAUAGAAGAUUAUUCUGUUAGUCAAAACACUCUGGAUAAUGUAUUUAUUAAUUUUGUAAAACAACAAGUUGAGAUUGUGGAAGAAAGUGGCACUGACAAUUCAGCAUACACAAGUGACCAUCUACAGAGAACUCGUGCAGUAUCGUCUGCUUCAUCAUCUGGAUUAGCAGACGAUCUUGAUGAAGAGCUUAUAGGGGAGGUAAAUCUAUCAGAUUCUCAACUUGAAAUAGAGGAUGAUGUCCCUUUGUUGAGUUUUGAUGGCAGAGGGACACAUCUCACACUACUGAGUAUGGAUCCAGUCAAUAUUUGAAAUCCAAGGUAACAUGUUGCUGUCACGAAGAUCCAUAGUGUUGCUUUAGGUGUUACUAUGGCAACAAGAAAAAAAAACUACUAUAAAUCGGCUACAGACCAAAUUGUUUACAGAUAGAUAAAUACAGAGUAUCAAGACUCUUCCUAUGAAAGGAUCUCAAAUAUUUAUUUUUUAUGUAGAGAGUUUAUUAUUCUGUCAUAUAUAAAUAUAUUUGCAUGUUUAAAUUUACUGAAUGUUUGGUACAGAAAAUGUGCUCAUCCCAUAUCAGAAUAGUGCUGAGGGGCUUCAAUGCUUACAGUUUACUUAUAUAUUUGUGUUUUUGUCUGGUAAAAUGUGGAAUUGUCUCUUAUAUUAUAUACUAUUAUUUUUUUAAAUGAUCAUAUAUUAUAUAUGAGGAACUACAAAGGGCUUUGAUUAUGUAACUGCUUGAAUACAUUUUGAACCAUUUUUUGAUUGUACAGUUUGAGCAAGUGUGUGUGAAUGAAUAAUUUUGAGUAUGAAAUUUUUUAGCUUUAUCUGCUUACUAUAAGAUGUUUGGUGUGCUGAGAAUUUUGCUGUUGCUCUAAUCAUCAUUGUUCUUGAUGAUCAAUCAUGAUCCUCAUUGUUUAUUCAUCAUCAUCAUCAUUCAUCACUAUCAUUAUUCAUCACCAUCAUUCAUUAUUAUUAUCAUCAUCAUUAUUCAUCAUUCAUCAUUAUCAUCAUCAUAAGACCGCUUUCAAACAGUGUAGCAGAGUUUUUUACUUUAUUAUGGUUGUAUAUUUAUGAUUUUUCAUUCCAUUGUACGGGUUGUUGUUGUUGUAUAAAAUCAUGUAACAUUAUUGAUCAUGUUUAUAUGAGGUCAUGUGACAGUCUUGACUAUGCUCUUAAAAGUCAUGUUACAAGCUCAUCAUUUUUUUUUAUAUAAUUGUGACAUUGUUGAUGGUGUUAAACUUUUCUUUGUGUAAGAUAUUUUUUGUGACAUAUGUAUUAUUCAGUGAUAGCUCUACUUUUUGCAUGGUUUAUUGAAACAAAAUGUGCUCAUUUAUAUUUACAGAUUUUUGUCUUUUCCAUUUCUAUUGAAAGUGAAGUGCAUACUUGAUAUGAUUAUUUGUUUUGAAUCUGUAUUUAAAUUGUUAAAUUUAAUGCAUACUUAACUGUUCUAGUGAACUUUAAUACAUUAUAAAAUACUUACAUUUUUAAACUUAUUUAAUCCAAGUGUUUGAAUAUUUUUUUAUUCAUUCUUUAUUAUAAUUUAUUUACUAUUCUCUAUUAUAAUUUAUUUACAUGCUUAAACAUGUUUAAUGAAUAAUACGAUAGAUGUAAUGGUGUAUUGAAAAAAUAUUACAAUUUUCAUGUUGUCAGAAUCGUUUUAUGUUAUUGAUAUAUUAGAUAGAUAAGUACAACUUUGAUUGCUGUAGAAACAUCUUAUUGUUUUUAUGAGAACUUUUGAAUUCCAAACCCUCCCCAAUUUAUCUGCUUGUCUAACCCUUUGACCAUUACAUGUUUCCUUUGGGCUGAAGGUUUUCCUACUUUGUAUGUCAUCUUUAUUUUAAUGUUAAAUAAUAUGACCUUGUAACCUUAAUGACCUUAACCUUUAAUGUCAAAGCUAUCAGAGUGAUGACAUUCUAUGGUAACUUUGUUAAUUACCAACUAAUUUUUUGGACAAAAAGAACUUCAUGUUCAUGUCUUGAAAUAUUGAAUUGUCUCCUAAAUGACCUUGACCUUUAAGACAAGAUGUUCAAAAUUCUAUAAGCUUUACUGUAACCUGUGGGUUUGUUUUCUCAUAUUUUCUAUUAUGAACAUGAAUAAAUUUUGUUUUUGUUUUUAUCUAAGGGCAAAGGGGUAUUUAUGGAAACAUUUUAUUUUGUCUAUGCUAACUUACUGUUGUAUCAUAUAAGAGUUAGAUAAUUCUGUAAGUUAUAUUUGCCCUUCUUUAUCUCGCUAAACAGUCGCUGAUGUUAUAUGUUGUUGUUAUUUUUUGUGAUAUUUUUGAGAAUAUUUUGAAGUAGACGUUAGACUUAUGUAGUAGAUAUUUCAAUAUAAAUGGGGUGUAAAUGUUCUAUAACUUUCCCAUUAAGGAUGAUAAUUACAAUUUCGUCUAUUAUGUAUUUCUGUUGCAAUAUCUUAUAACACUGGAAUUGAAUGGAAAUUGAGAUAAUGCAAGUACUGCUAAUGCAUUAAGAUAAUAUAAAACAUUGUUUUCUAUGUGCAGAUAUUGAAACAUUGUCACAUUUGAUUGUUUUAAAUCACUUUUACUUUUCUUCAGCAUAUUACCACAUUCACAACACAUCUGCUGUGUUAUAAAUAUAUAUGCCAUUCUUUGAUAAAUUACAUAUACAAAUGACUGUGUAAUACAGGAAAUGUGUUUACAUGUUGUUGUUUUUUAUAUACAUAUUCAUGUAUAAAAACUGGUUAUUUAUGGACUGGUUAAUCCUCAAUACAGACACAAACGUGGGAAGAGUUCAGUGAGUGUAUCCAUUUAACAGGUUUUUUAAUAUUUUGGACAUCUAUAAUUAGACAAACUUCUUCUGCCAACAAUUCUGCACAGUAGAUCACUAAGGCUAUUCCUUGAUACAUUUCUAAAAGAAGAUGUAAAGCAUUUUUGUUAUGCUUUAAUAUGACAUAUUAAUAGUUAGUACACUAUCAAAUUCUCAAUAAAUUUAUGUUUAUAUUUAUUUACUUAGUUUUUUUGUAGGUGAUAAUUAUUUUUAUAUAUACUUUGUAUUAGAACUGAAGAAAAUUAUUAUUUGGAUCAGGUAGUUUUUUACUUAACUACUUUUUAUGUUGUUUAAAAUGCAUUAAAAUGUGUAUUUUCAUUAUUUUGCCAUAAUUAUAAGUAAUUAAUUUGCUAGAAUCAGAAAAUAAUAUUACAUAGGCAUUGUAUACAGAACAUUAAAUGCUCAAUAGGUGAUGGUUCAUCAUGACAUACAGAAUUUUCUGUUGAUUCUUUAAACAGAGUAUUAUUAUAAUCAUUCUAUGACUAAGACAGUGUUUGUCAAUUAGUGAAAUCUAAAAUAUAGAAUUUAUCUCUGAAAUGUUAAAUAUUUUGUUUGCUCAUUAUUUGCUAGGCAUGCACAGAAUGUAAUGGUACUUUGUAGAAAUAUACAUUAUGCAGCCAGAGAUAACUCUGGUAAAUCUCAUUUUUAACAACUUAAAGUGAGAAAAAAAUAUGAUAAUAUGAUCGAAAAUAGUGGCGUAAUCCGGGACUUAAGAUUUCAGACUUUAACUACAGGUCAAGGUCUCCCUCUUUUUGACUUUGAUUCAUUUUACCGUUCCAUCAAAAUUUAAAAUAUACAAUUUGUUGACUUUUUGGGAUGCUUCAUAAAUUUAUCUUUGUUGCUUGUAAUUUAUUAUUUAUUAUGAUUUGAAAAAAAAAACAUAUAUUGUUAACUAGUCACAUGCAUGUUUUAUCAAUUAAUACACUCCAGUUAUACUAAGGCUGGUUUCAGUUAGGAGAGAUACUACUUGUUAUAGAUCAAGCAAAACAAUUUCAUGCAGGUUUUACAUUUGUCAAAUUAUUGCUUUAGAGGUGUACAAUUGAUUGACAUGUUUGAUUGGUUCAUGUCAUGUUUGAUCGGUUCAAACAUGGUUGCAAUAUACAUUAUUUCUUGGUUUGUACACAUCAAUGUAUUGUUUCAUUGUGGUAAUAGACAUUCUCUCAUUUUAAAUUUGUGCAAUAAGUUCAUAUUUUUUGUGUAAAAAUUUGUAUUUAACCCUUCACCUGUUAGAUUUAUGAAAUGAGUUUGCUUAGCUUUGAAUUUUAGAACAGUCCAUUUAAAGUUAUAGGGAUUUAUCAAUCUGUCUUCCAUUUAGUCAAAGAGCUUGUGGUGACCUGGACUUUGCACAUUUCUAGUAAGAAGGAUAAAAACUGGUUUGAAAGAUUGAUAACAGAUAAAGCAGUGUAGGUUUGUUAAGGAUGAGACAUGUUCAGUCUGGUCAGUCUGUGUUACAGCCUGAUUGAACUUGGGGCCUAGAUGAGGAGAUAAUAUCUGAACAAUAUUAAAAUACAAAAAUUGAGCUACAGACAGUAUAGAGCCUGGUCAGACUGCAAGGUCAGGCAGGCAUUGGUUGACACUUAUGGCAAUGGUUAAUUACUUUCAGUUCUAACAGGUUAAGGGUUAAAAAAUGAAAUUUUAAUAUUUAACAAUCAGAAAAAAUAUUCUGCAAUAUGUAUAAUCAUUUAACACUGCCAGUACUGUAAAUUUUAUAACUUUAUAAUAACUUCAUAAACAUUUUAUGUCAUUAUCUCCACUUAA